UCACUGGAGAUGCUUUUUCUCUGUUUGCAAAUGCUGCCCCUGCUUUGCGUUUGGGCAAAUCUCUUUGCUGCUAAUUCCCAGGUCGCGGCAGGUGAGCUUGGGGAAGAAUUUCCGGCAGAAACUGGAUUUUGAGUGAAGAUUCCGAAAGGAACUAUAUUUCUGUCAUCUGUCUCAAUUCUCAGGUGUGAAGUGUGGUUUUCCGCAGGAAGAGAAUAUUUUGAGCCGCUGGUUAAGAAUCGUGGGCGGGAAAGAAGCCAAAUAUGGAUCAUACCCCUGGAUGGUAUGUUUCCGUGAGGUCAAAGGGAAUCCACUUCUGUGGAGGUGCUAUCCUCACUGACCGCUGGGUCCUGUCCGCUGCUCACUGCUUCUCCACUCAUUCGAAGGAGUCCCUUAAGAACAUUGACCUUGUGGUUGGGGAGCAUGACCAGACAGUUCUUGAUGCUGAUGAGCAAGUUCUCAAUGUUGAGGCCAUCAAAGUUCAUGAGAAGUUCCACCACUCUAGCCCAAUGAGCUAUGACAUUGCACUUUUGCUGCUGGUCAGAGAAAUCCACUUUGGACCACGGGUCCAGCCCAUAUGCCUUCCUCUCCCCAGUGAGAUCAUUCCAGCGCAGACAAACUGCAUUGUGACUGGAUGGGGUCGAAUUAAAGAAGGGGGCUGCACUCCCGCCACCCUCCAGCAGGUGGAUCUCGAGCUGCUGGAGGCACACAGGUGCCAGCAUGUCUUGAAGACGGUACGGCCAGUGGUGAAAGGGUUCACAGUGGUGUGUGCUGGUCCAGAGCGUGGGGGAAGAGACGCCUGCCAGGGAGACUCAGGAGGGCCACUGGCCUGCCCUGGGGUGGAUGGCCGUUGGGUUGUGGCGGGGGUCACAUCCUGGGGCAAGGGCUGUGGGCGGAACUGGGCCAGUAAUGGGGGGAAGCCCCCAACGAAGCGAGGGUCCCCUGGGGUGUUCACUGACACCCGGUUGCUGCUGCCCUGGAUCAAGAGCAUCAUCAGACAAGGUAUGCGGUCCAGCGGGUGCUGUCCAUGCAGCCUCUCAGAGGCGAUUCCUGAUAUCAGGAUCUCCGGUCUCCUCCUACACAGGCUGUGUUCCUGGGUCUUCGUGGCCCCCCCUGGGCAUGCCGUCCUGCUGGAGUUCCUGAACCUUGAUGUGGAGUCGGACCCCCUCUGCUCCCGCGAUCAGCUGACUGUCCUCACUGGCCCUGGCCAGGUCGUCGGACGGUUCUGCGGCCAUGAGCUGCCCUCGCCGCUGCUCAUGCCCACACGCAGUGCCACUCUGCAGUUCACGUCAGACACCAGUGUUACGGGGCGAGGUUUUUCUGUCCGAUUCACUGCCGUCAAGCCAGACCCCGGGAUGGGCUCUGGCUGUGGGGUCACAGCUCUUCUCCAAGAUGAAGGCUUGGUCCAAACACCCCAGUACCCUGAGUGCUAUGGCAACCAAUCUCGCUGCCACUGGGUCAUCCAAGCCCCUAAGGCCCACGUCAUCAAGCUGGAGUUUACCGACUUCGACGUGGAGCAGUCGGAGGGCUGUGUGUACGAUUCGCUGACAGUGCUGGCUGACGUUGACGGGACGGAGAAGAUAGCUGUGCUUUGCGGAGGCACCCGUCCACCCCCUGUGCUCAGCUACGAGAACCUCAUGGUCCUUCAGUUCCACUCUGACGGCAGCGUCCAGCAUCGUGGCUUCCAGGCCCGUGUGUCCUUCAUCAGCCGACAGGAUCUGCAGAUGGGUGAUGAGGAACGUGGCAAUGGCAGACAUGGAUCUCUGGAUGUCUCCCAGCCCGAUGAUUUGUCUGACGAAGGUGAUGAUGACUCCACCCCUCAUCCUGGCCUGGAUGAUUGGCCAAUCAGUGACGUAGAUGAAGACUCCCCUGAUUGGAUGGUAGCUGGUUCACUUGGACUUAGUUAGCCUGAUGCUGGUUAUAAUUAUCUGAAGCAUCAUUUAGUUGUGAGUUCAGAAGCCUUAUUUUGUGUGUGUGAAAAUUAUAGUUAGAAAUCUAACCUCCACUUCUGGGGUAUGAUUGUGGAAAGCCCAUAGCUACUUUCAUGAGUUGUGAAAAUUAUGCAGAAUCCUUAUGAAAGCCAGGAAUGAAUACGAACACACUACCCUUGUUCACCGUAUGAUACUGCCAG